AUGAGGACUAGUAUCCAAAUUAGUGUGAUGCUCCGCCUUAGCCUCGCCCUCCUAUUAGCACUCUCUUCAUCAGGAUUAACGAAGAAGGCACCAGAAGAAAGCGUGUACGAGCCUGACUAUUGUGAGAAACAGCUUAUCAUGUGGGGUCACCGGUGUGAUCCUCAAAACUGCAUCACGUUCUGCACUUACGCGCGAUAUGAUACCGGAAACUGCGUGACAAACGGAUGCUUAUGCACCAAUUUGCCGUGCAGAGGAAAGAAACUCAACGACUAG